AUGUUGGAAGAAGAUGCAUUGUCCACCUCUUUCUUUGAACCUUCACAGUUCCAAUCAGCAAGCCCAGAAAUUCCUGAAGUUAGUCAAUCAGCUUCAUUUACUACAGAUUCUUUAAAUAACAUUAAUCCAUGGGAUCCUCCUCAGCUUGAUUUUUCAACUACACCCGAUGUCCUAUUACCUGACGUGUAUAAUUCUGCUUUUGCGCAAGCUUCACCGGUCGCAGGGACGGUUCCUAUUUCUGCCUUGACUAAGAUUUUGAGCAUUAGUGGAUUACCUCACGCGACCAUUGAAAAAAUUAUAAACUUGGCUGCUGCGGCAAAUAGCGUUCGUGUUAAUCGCGGUGAAUUUAAUGUAGCUCUCGCAUUAGUGGCGCUAGCUCAAAAGAAUAUGGAUGUUUCAAUUGAGACAUUAAUUGAGAGAAAGAAUGAUCUUCCUGAGCCAAUUUUGACAAAUUUAGAGAACCUUAAUUUCAAUCGAGAUUUGAAUUCCUUUUCUGCUUCACGUCCUACAUCAAUGCCUCUACAAGCAGAUGACCCAUGGGCUAUGCCUUCUGCACAUUCGUCAAAUCCUUCAUACUCUUCACAACCAAAUUUCCCUAUAAAUAAUAACGCUGGUGCACCAGCAAUUAUUACUACAAUGCCUAACGAAGACGAAUUCCAGUGGUUUUUGGACGCGGACCUCAUUACAGUAAAGAUUGCGCCGGAAAAAGAUGGAUUUCUGUUUAAACAUGUCAAUUAUAUUCUCGAAUCACAGCGACAUCAAACGAAAGUUAUAAGAAGAUAUAGUGAUUUUUGGUGGCUAAUGGAAUGCUUGGUAAAGAAAUAUCCUUACCGUAUCUUGCCCGAUCUUCCACCAAAGAAGAUUGGAGUUAACGGAUUUUAUUUCACAGUUGAUGAAUCUUUUUUGGAAAAACGGCGGAAGGGGUUGGCACGUUUUUUGAAUUUUAUUGUAAAACAUCCAGUCUUAAAAGAUGAUCAAUUGGUAGAAAUGUUCCUUACAGAACAAAUGGAAAUAGCAGUGUGGCGUAGAACAAAUUCACCAGAUCUAGAAGAAGAAUACCUUAAAAGACAGGUUACACCUGAAAUGGAACGGCGUAUACCUGAAGAUUUAGAUAAAAGGUUAGAUAAAGUUGUAAAGAAAUUAGAUGACACUGUUGAACAUUACAGAAAUAUGUGCAAUAUAAUGGAACGUAUCGCCCGUCGUCAAGAAGGCAUGGCAAUUGAUUAUAUGCGAUAUCGCUUGGCCUUAAACUCUUUGAUAGAAAAAGAAAAAGGUUGCUAUAUCGAAGAUUGUUAUAAUUGUUCACAAGUAGUGCAAGGGUUAGAGCAUGUAUCAAGUCAUUUUCAAACAACAAGUACUAUCAUGGAAAAUGCGUCUGCAGCAACGCUUGAAUCCGUUUUGGAAAAUUUAAAACGUCAACGUGAUCUUCUUGUUUCCUUUAGAGAAACCUUUGAACGAAAGGAUCGGUUAGCCGUAAAUACAAUCGAUUCCCUCAAUACCCGAAUAAUAUCUAAUACAGCUCGUCUUACACAACUGUCUGACAAUGAUCCGGAAGUAGAAAAAUUAAAUGCUUCAAUUCAAAAAGAUCAAGAAGAUAUUAAACACCAACGAAUGCGAAAAACCUUCAUGCGUUAUUGCCUAUUUUCCGAAUUAACCCUGUUCCAUAAAAGCUCCACUUUCAUCUCGCAUUUAUAUCAGAAUUUCGUAAACGAUCAAAUCAAAUAUUCACAACAGCUUUACGAAAAUUGGAAAGCAUUGAGUCCAAAAGUAUAUGAUAUGCCUGUUGAAGCAAACGGAUUUAGUUAA